CACAAAUUUACAAUGAAUGAACAUAAAGGGAAGAAUAGUUGACAAAGGUUGAAAUUUUUCGUUUCAGUGAGGAGUGAAAGAAUUCUCUUGCAUUCUUCUCCGACGCAUUCUCCAUCAUGUCUCCUUCCGCACUUGAGCUGUGCCCUUCUGUAAAGAAUAUCAUUCUUCUGGAUUCUGAUGGUAAACGUAUUGCGGUUAAGUAUUUCUCAGAUGAUUGGCCAACUAAUAGUGAAAAGGAAACUUUUGAGAAGUUAGUAUUCACCAAGACUCAGAAGACCAAUGCUCGCACAGAAGCGGAGGUAGCAAUAUUUGAAAAUAACAUUGUUGUUUACAAGUUUGUCCAAGACCUUCACUUCUUUGUUACUGGGAGUGACGAAGAAAAUGAGCUAAUUUUAUCCUCAGUUCUGCAAGCAUUUUUUGAUUCUGUUGGCAUCCUGCUCAGAGGCAAUGUGGACAAGAAGGCAGCACUUGAGAACUUGGAUGUCAUUCUGUUGUGCAUUGAUGAAAUUAUUGACGGCGGUAUUAUUCUUGAAACUGAUCCAAAUGUUAUAGCUGGGAAAGCUGCAAGUAAUAGUAUAGAUUCUGGAGCUCCUUUGUCUGAACAGACACUAGGUCAAGCACUUGCUUCAGCUAGGGAACAUCUUGCAAGAUCCUUUCUUAAAUGAGCCACAUGAAAUUCGGCAGAGAACACUUAUACUUUGGCGUUUCCUAGACCGCUUUUAAGAAUCUUACUUCAUAUUGCGGUCUCAAAUUUUAAUACUGAUGUUACUUGUGCUGUGAAAAUUAGUUUUGAUAUGGGAAUAAAGAGUUUUUUUGCACUUA